AGUUCGUUGGUGUUUUUCAGUUAAUACGUUUGGUAUUUUAGUAACGUGGUAACAAGUAAAAUAAAUUCAGUGAAUCCUUUCUGCGUAGUUAUUUCCUGAAAAUCCAUAUCCGAUUGUUGUAAAAGACACAUAUUAUCAUAGUUUGUAGUGAACGUACGGGUGUAGACUUCAGGAUAUAUGAUUUAGUGGGACUUUAGUAUUCGUUUCGAGAUAUUAAGAAAAUGAUAAAAACAUAAUCAACAAAAAUGUGGAAAAACGAGAUGCACAUCGGAAAAGACCGAAAAAGUGUACACAACAUUUCGACAAUGCUGGCUAUCAGUGUAUUUAUAUUAUCAACAUUGUUUGUCCCAUUCAGCGAAGCGGAACAACGUAAUCCAAUGAAAAAUCCAUACGUAUGCGGACGACCGGAAUGUUCUACUGAUGGGAAUAAAUUCAACUAUGCACACAACAUGAGAUACAAAUACAAUUAUCAUGUCCAUGUGCGAUCAGAAUUUUCCGGGAGCGGAGAAAACAGUUCUGAUGUGUACAUCUCGGCAAAGCUUUUGCUUACAUUUCCCAGCAAAUGCCAAGGUGUGUUAUUAGUGCAGAACGUUGAGCUGAGGCAUAUGCUACCGCCCGAAAAGACUGACGAAGUGGAAACCGAUUAUUAUUUCGACUAUUCCGAAAAGGAGGAUCUGUCAUUGCAUCCGAAAAGCUCACAAUUUGGUGCAGACAUUCAAGAGCAUGAAUUGAGAUUUGCUUUCCACGACGGAGUCAUUGGCGAAUUGUGUCCGGAUGAAGCCGAAGAAAAUUGGAUCGUCAAUUUUAAGCGAGGCAUUCUGUCGUCCUUGCAAAACACAAUGCAACGGUUCGAUGUGGAUUUUAAUAGUACGGAAAGUGAUAUUUCCGGUACGUGCGACGUAGCGUAUUCGUUGAGCGGGGCGGAGGGAACCAGUUUGAUCAUAGAAAAGCGGAAGAAUAUCGAAUCGUGCAUCAAUAGGUACAAGACGAAUUCGAUUCUGCAAACGACGCCGUACGAUUUUCGAAAAAAUUUUGCGAUUUGGCCGCUUUUACGAUCGCAGAGUUCUUGCAAUCUCACCAUCGACCACAAUAUCUACAAAAAUGUGAAAUGCUACGAACGCCAUGUACUCGUCCCCUUUUCAAACAAUCAAAGCGGAGCGGCAACUGAGUCAUUCAUCGAACUGAAACUGACCGAUGAGGAGGAAUACGAACCGUCCGGCUUUGAAGAUGAAAAGGAAAUCAAAACCAGAUCGCCGCUGUUUUUCAAUCACUAUCCGACACCGAAACCGACACACAAUGAGAUCAAAGCUUCGCGUGAACUGCUGCGACAAAUGUGCAAACUUGGCUUUCCGGAUAUUCAACGGGAUUUUAUCGAUGCGUUCACGAAAUUUCUGCAAACUGCUAGGCUACUGUCGCACGAAGCACUGUACCAAUUGUUGUCGCGGGGAAUAAGCAUAUGCGAGAAUGGAAAAAACCAUUUACUUGAGAGUCUACCAUACAUCGGCAGUACUGCAUCAACACAACUGAUGCGCGAUCAAAUUGUGAAAAGGGCAAUUCCAGACGAAAUGGCCAAAUCAUGGCUCAUAUCUAUGUCAUAUCUACCAAGGCCAAGUGAAGACAUCUUAAGCAUUGUAUAUAGUCUGAUGGAAUACGGAACCGACCGAAACGAACCGGAGUUUAUCUUAGCAACGACAGCCGUCGCUCAUACAUUCUGUCGCAACCAUUUGAACUGUAAAAAGUCACCGGAACUUCAACAAAUCGUUACAUUUUUGGAGAGUAAUUUACAACUUCAUUUGGAUAGAAUUGGCGAUGAUUCAACUGGUCAAGAGAAGGCAUUGAUUCUACUUAAAGGUAUCGGCAAUGUGGGAAUACUGAGCAAGGAAUUCGUUCGGCCUUUUCAAAAUGUUGUGCUUAAUGAAACAUUACCGACGGAAAUUCGUCUUCAAGCGGUUUAUGCCCACCGUAGAUUGGAUUGUGAAAGUAACAAAGACUUCUUUCUCGAGAUCUACGAAAACUUUGCAGAGAACACUGAAAUACGUAUAGCAUCAUACCUACAAGCCAUGCAAUGUCCCAAUUACAUAGCAAUCAAAUCGAUUAAGUAUGUCUUGAAGACGGAAGAAUACAAUCAAGUCGGAUCAUUUGUAUGGUCACAUUUAACCAAUUUGGCAAAAUCAUCGUCUCCGGUACGAGUCGAAGCGCAAGGACUACUGCUCGAUCAUGAUCUGGGCACCAAAUUCAAAUUGGAUCUGCGGAAAUUCUCUCGCAAUUUCGAGAAAAGUAUUUUCUUUGACGAAUACAAUUUCGGUGCCAGUUCAGAAGCGAACUUGAUCUUCGGCACGGAAUCUUAUGUACCCCGAACGGUUUCGUUGAAUUUUACGGCUGAUCUGUUUGGUGAGUCGGUUAAUCUGUUUGAGAUUUCAGCGAGAAUGCAAGGAUUUGAGCAUAUGAUCGAGAAAAUGUUCGGACCGAAAGGACCGUUGAACACAGAGAAAUUUGCGGAACAUUUCAAAUUUCUGAGGAAUUACUUCAAUAAGAUUCCAGUUGUGAAUAGAGACGACAUUGAGAAUAUCGAGAAAAUCAGAUUCAAACGGGAUGCGGUCUCGGCAAAUGACGAUGAUGAAACUCCUAAUGAUCAAAAAGGCGCCAUUAGUACAAGCAUCCGCGACCUGGAUUAUAAAUUAAAGUACAACUUUAAUGAUCCCCGCGCCUCGUUCGGAUUGAAAGUAUUCGGAAAUGACAUCAAACACUUCACUCUACAAGGAGAAGCGAAUGUGGCACAAGCGGUACUCCAACACAACCCCCUGAAUUACAUUAAAGAAAUACUGUCGGGAAAGGAGAUCACCUACACCAAGUCUGGCGUGUUCCUCGAUGCAUCGUAUGACGUUCCACUAAGUUCCGGUCUACCAUUAUCCAUUCAUGCAUUUGGUGCGUCGUCCAUCGAUUUACGAAUGUCCGGCUACUUUAAAGGACCCGACUUCUGGUCGACAUACAAACUACACGUCGAGGGAAAGCUUAAGCCAAGUGUGUCGGUCGAUGUGAUUGGAACAAUGCAAUCGGAUUAUUUCUACGGUGCAACUGGUAUACGCGUGAAAAGUAAUUUGUAUUCGAGUUCAUCGUACGAUACGCAAUUGAAAAUACGAGGCGCAAAAUUGGCCUCGGUUCAAUUCAGCUUACCGCAAGAUCGGAACGAUAUUUUCAGUGCCAGGUCCGAGAUGUUGGUUUUACGUCACGAUCAAGACAUUGUGCAGAAGGGAAUCCCGAAACGAUACUCCAACUCGACUUGUACCUGGCCAUUUAUUGACCGUGCACUCGGCCUUAAAGUAUGCGCUGAAUACAGUUUACCGGAUGUGAGUAACUCAACGAUUCAACUACCAAGUUUAAUAUUGACUGGACCGAUCAACUUGAACAUCCACCUGGACAAAGCUGACCUCACAGCCAAAACAUUUUUGUUCGAGUAUCGGUCGGAAAACCGCACAAAUGGCUCGGAAACAUCGUUCGUGUUCCACACUCCCGAUUCGGUGAUCCCGCGAAUUUUUAGUGCCAACCUAACAUCGGGUGCUCAGAAUUGGGACGUAUCGAUGUCCUUCAGGAAUGGCGACUUGGUCCAUUCUGCGUCGGGAAAGUAUCGAAAUACGUCCGACGAAGUCAAGUUUGAAUUCUACUUAAUGCUGGACGGUAAGAAAAACUUUGAACUGGAGGCUGGCUACAAUAGAUCUGUUGUGAAGAACGGUUACAUGUACUAUCCGGGAAUCAUACUUAAAGUGAAUGAAGACAGAAUUGCCGGCGUGUCAGGUACGCUAAAAAUUACGGGAAAACGGAAUAUUGAGCAGUACGAUGUGAAUCUGGAGUUUCAAACGAAAAAACUUCGGGCACAACUGACCGGUCACGUUAUCAAUACGGAGGCUUCAAUUGAGAACCAUUUAAUGUUACAGUAUCAGUUUCUGAAUCACAAGGUCGAACAUGUUACACUUGACUGUGAAUUAGCGAAUCGAAGCAAAGAUCCGACAACAACAUACCAAGGAUCGCUGAAAGUAAUAUCGUCAGCUUAUCCUAAAUAUAAUUUCGGAACCGAACUGGACUUCAAGAAGAUAGAAGGACAUUUAGUCACAACCAUCAAGUUCAACAAUAACGAUGCCAACGUAGCCGAUGAGCUGAACACAAUGGUGCUAACGUUCAACUUUGCUAAAAGUGAAGGCGAUCCCGUUCGACACAUUGUUUCAAAGACAUCCGCAUCAGUUGCUCUUCAACGGCCCAAAGGACCUAUCGAUCUUAAAUUCAAAAUUAUGCACGAAGAGAAGAUUCACCGGGGAGUCGAGCACAACUUUUUCUGUGUCUUAGGCUAUGCGCCACAGAAAGAAGCGAAGGCAUCCUUUUCACUGUACCGAGCAAGUCGUUCGCAACUGAUGGUUCAUGUGGCUAUGAACGUUACAAUACCAGACUUUGAUUCGUGUGCUGCUUCCGUCAAGAUUUCAGAGAAAGCACGCAAUGACUAUAAUAUCAAUAUCAACGGUCGCUGGUUCUCCGGACAUUCCAUCAGCAUACAGGGCGUUUAUCAGGACAGAAGUUCAAACGUGAAAACGUAUCAUCAUUUGAAAUUGUCCGUCAUGAGUCCAUCGUUCAGCGAAACAAACGUCGAUCUGCGCUACUGGAGAGAUGAAGCUGAACUUCAGUUUGAAGUGCAGGCUGACUACAAUCAACAACCGUACGGAGUGUUGAUCAAAUUCUCCGAACGUAUCGAAAACGAACAGAAAGCGUUUGCUCAGAUCAAAUUCCGCGAGAAAGUUUAUUCGAUAUCGUCGAACUUGAUGUACGGACCGCCGAAGCAACUAUUUUUGGAAAUUCAUCUGGACAAUAUCAGAGAUUUGCAUCUAACCAUCCGGGGUGUGUCGAACGAGUUGAGGAAGGAAAUCGGAUUCGAAAUACUGUGGGACGCCAAUCGAGAUCCGACGCAAAAGUUUGCCGUUUCCGUCGAAUUUAACGCACCACGGAAGCGAGUGUAUGAUGGCAAUUUUCAGUUAUCCUAUCCCGAAAGGACGUUCAGCGGAACAUUUGAUCUCGAUGCGUCCACAAGGGAAUAUGCGGGAUCGGCCAGAUUCAGUUGGAGUGCUUAUGAAUCGAUUGAAGUGAAAUUACAGGCGGGCUCGAAAAUGGACGAUGUGAAGGAUGUGUGGGCAUUCAUAACCGUGAGCACACCCUUCGAAGGGUGGCGAACCAAUCAAUUGAACACUGGAUUUUACUUCCAUGACAAUCACUUUUUGACCAACGGAUCACUAUUUUGGGCCAAUAACCAAAAGCUUGCCCUAGCUGUGUUGGCAGACUACAAACAUGUCAAUCCAAUUUUCAAUCUGGAAUUCAGAUUUGAUCUUAACAGCACGAUCAAAGACGUUCCAACAGCUAGUGUACUUCUGAAGCAUUUCCAAGACAGCAAGAAAAUCGACACGGAAAUCAACAUUAGACAUAAGGUGAACAAUGCUGGCGAAACAGCUCCAACGGUUUUUGCAGCAAAAUCCGCCUGGUUGAUGGACUUCAAUUUACAUUACAAAAACGUGUCGGGCAAAGUGGAACUAGAAUCACCAUUCCAGGGAUACAGAACCGGUUCGUUGUCGACCAGAUUUUCCAUCAGCGAUAAACGGGAAUUGAAUGGCGGAGCUGAUUUGGCCAUCGAAGAUAAACGAUUCACGUUGGCCGUUCAAGGAUAUGUGAAAAAAUUGACCGACAAUAUGCUGGUGGCGAACAUUACCACUCCGAUCAAGAAAUUUAAGACCAUCGUGGGUCGGUUCGGCAUUAACGAAAGGGAACGACAUAUUGUGGCUGAAAUAAGGGCUCCUGAUCGAGCGUUGGGAAUUGAGUUGCUCUUUGCAGUGAAUGCAGUGGCGGAUUUUAAUACGAAAUUCAAUUUGGAAUUGCCGAUGGAAGGACUGGAGAAAGUGACUGCAGUCGCAAAAAUGAAGCCGGAAACUGUCGAGUUCAAGGGAUGUUGGGAUAAAAUCGUGCUAGGCUUUGAAGGCGUAUGGAGGCAUGCCGGCUUAAAUGACUUUGAAUAUUCUUACAAAGUGUUCACACCGCUGGCAAAUCUAACCGAAAAUGGUGUCGUCAUUAAGCACAUCUAUAGGAACCGCUUUGAUUUGGACUCUGAAUUGUCGCUGAAAUUAGCGUCUUUCAAUAUUGGAAUCUUGGUCAACGGUCAACCGAAACCAAAAAUCUUACGCCAACUAGCAGCCUCCAAAAGGGAUUCGCUCUACAGAAGCAUAUUGCGAACCGAUGAAUACUUAGGCACUGAAGAAUCUGAAGAUUCUGAAGAGGAAUCCGAACCAUAUGAAGAAGACGAAGAGGAUGACAGUUACGAGACGUGGAAUUUCAAAGGAAACAUGGAGCUGUACACAUACGUGUGGCCGAAAAUCGAAGGUUUCAUUGAUGUCGACGAAAUUGAAGACGUUACCGUCGGAAGUGGAAACUUAGUUCUGCCGCAAGGGGUCGUUAAGUUCAAAGACUUUCUCUACUAUCCCGAUUUUCUGACGAUACGAAAUACGUUCGAAAUCGACACUCCCUACGAAAAGUUGAAGGAAAUGAGAGUAGUUUAUCAUCACACGGCAGAGCUGGGCGCUCACUAUAUCAAUGGUAUGAGCAUCGAGUUCUUAAGCAUGGCAGAAAGGAAGGAAAUCGGAUUCGCUACGAAUUUUACUUACUCAACUGGUGACACUGAAUUGCGGAACUAUGAUCUUGGCGUUGAGGUUAAGCUACCUUCGAAAAUCCUACCCAAAAUUGACUUGAAGGGUAACGUUGAAAUCGACGACGGUGUCUACCGUGGAAACAUUUCGGUGAAGACAAUCAAUUCACAGGUUUCGUUGGCCGGAAAUUUUGAGAAAGAUGAAGGUUACUUGGAUACUGAUCUAACGUUCAGUCUGAUCGCUCCAGAGGUGCCACAGUACCUAUUGAGAACGUUCUUGAAAAAGGACAAAUCUGAAAUUGAAGAAUCGCUGAAUUUCGGCUACGAUCUGCUGGAAAAUGGCACUGAAAGUACGUUACACAUUGACACAAUUUGGCAUGUCGAUGUGCAGCGUGAUCGUUAUGUUAAAGGUCAGUGCAAGAUUAAGACGAAUCUGGUGCCAAUUAGUUCUCUGGAAACAUCUGUUCUGUUGGAAAGAAAAGACCAGCUUAGCAUGGCCAAUCUUAUGUUGAUCUAUACAACCGAUGAUGUCGUAUCGGACUACCGGGCUCGGUAUUCGAAAAACGGCAAUGCCGUCACCGCGGAGCUAAUAUCACCUAGCCGAAAUUUCGGAAACAUAUCAUUCGUUGGGCAAACGAGCAACACCGGCGUUCCUAACGAACUUCAAUUAACGGGACAACUUCAUAAGAACUAUCAAAUGUACAACGUUGAUGGCAUUGUUCGUGUCCUUUCCGACAUUCCACUCGAAAUCAAUCUAACGAUGACUCCGCUGAACAAACAACAAAUUCCGGCUAGGCUGCUUUACACCUAUGUAUAUUCCGAGGAGACCAAAACGCAAAAUCUUCACUUCAAUUUCAAGGAAGACGAAACAUUUGUUCAAAUCGAUGGAUCAAUGCAAACAUUCCACACCAAACAUUGGCUGUAUCAACUUUCCGUUUUAACAUCAAAUGGAAUUCUGUCGUCCAUUCCCGAUUCAAAUAGAAUCGGUCUGAACGUAUCUUCGACACCGACUGGAAUAAAUCAAUUGCAAGGCAACUUUCUGCUUGAGACUCCUUGGAAUCAUUUGGGCAUCGAUGCGGUCAAGGUGAAUACUAAGAUCAAAGCAACAGCAACGUCUGGCGAAACUCAUACAUCGUAUGCACUAUCGCCUAUUGAAGGAAAGAGUAUCUUGUCAUGGUCUUGGAUUCCAAUGGAAGAUAUGCACUUUGCUAUCGAAAAUUCCGUGGCGACAAAGCACGAUCCACAAAUUCAAGACGAGCGCCCGAAGUUGCUGAAGUGUGGUCUCAAAUACUUGAAUCCCAAUCGUAAUCGUCAACGUUUAGCCUGUGGCGCUCAUGUGAAUGUUAACAACGCUUGGCAGCUGGAAGCAAAUGGUUCGCUAAUGCAUAUAUCGAAUGAGGAUAUUGGCGUGAACAUCCAGCUUCGUUUACCGAAACCCAUUGGUGAUCUGCAUAAGUUAAGCGGUCGAUACAGAGGUAAUUUUGGAACGAGUGAUCCGAAUCUGGAUGUCAGCUAUGAGGCUAAGUAUGAAGCUGAGGAAUCGAAACGACAUUUCGCCUCCAGAGGCCAGUACCGCAAUGUCACCGAUUUACAGGGUUUGAUUCUGGUCGAAUGGGGUGAUGAUGUUAAUGAAGAUGUCAUAGAAACGAACGUGCAAAUGUUGCGUAAAGAGCAGAGAAGAGAGGUGUCUGCUCGACUGGUAACACCUCUGUACUCCGAGGACACGCUAUUCGCAAGUGGUUUCUUUGAUCGCCGAGAUCCGUACUAUUUAGUGGCUGGACACGUAAACUAUCCCGCUUCCCGACAAAUUGUCAAAGGUGAUGUGGCUUUCGCUGCAUUGAGCGACAUGAAAGGUUUUGUUAAUACAACGACACCGUUUCAAAAUUGGACGUGGAUCCAUGGAGACUUUGACUUUACCACAACGGGAUCCAAAUCGAGGCGCUAUCUCAAAGCUACUUGGCCGAAUGAUACGUUCUCGUUCGAUUUGCACAGUUACUACACAUCCACGGGUCUAUUGAAUCGUAACCUGAAUGGAAACAUCAAACUGGACUUUCCAGUUAGCACCCGACACUAUGCAAAUAUCGACUACAAUCUGAACACAAGUGAAUCGGUUACUACGGGAGCGUGUACCAUCGAUUACAACAGUAAGAAAGUGUUAAUCGGUCAAUACAGCUGCAAGACCGAGUCUAGAGCCGGAUACGACAAGGAUUUAGUUGACAUAACACUGCAGAACGACUUCAAGCCGAUCGGGAUCACAUACCUUCACGUGGCACAGAACACCGGCAUUGAUUCACCGCACUACGAUAUGAAACGUGCUGAAUUGUUUGAACUAGGUAACACUGCCGGGAAAAUCAACGUAACCGGAGAAUUUCACAUUCGCUCCACAUUGACCGGCCAGGACUACAAGGUAGUUGCUAUCCAUCCGAACCGAACAGUUAUCUUCACAUCCGACUUCGAUAUUCUGGACAGUACGUCGAAGCAAAAAUCGAGAUUAGAAUUGGCACCGAACGUGUGGAUUGCCUACGAUUUAGUGGUGACGAACGAGACUAGACUGGACAACGAUUCACAACGAUUCACAUUGGAAUUGUCCUAUCCGAAAAGGAAUCUUUCAGCGGAAGGAUGGUACGCUGUGACUGAUAAUUCAUUAGACUCGGAUCUAACAUUCAAAUGGGUGAAGAACGAAGACAAAUCUGAAGAAGAGAAAGUUGAUGACUACGACGAAUACGUCGAUCCGGAUGCUAUUGACGACUCUAAGCCGCGAAUCAUGAGAGCCGCAUUGCAGUGGCGUAAUGAACCUCUGCAAGGAAUCGAUAAACUCAAUCAAAGCGCCGUGUUUUCGAUUCGUCAUCCAUCGUUUCAGCAGGAUGUCACAUUCAAAGGAUCUCUUUACCAAAGUCCGAUCGAUUUGAUAAACGCGAAUUUGAUCAUCAACUACUGUGAAGAACCAGAUCAUCUGUUGACGAUGGCUGCUGUCGCUAAGGACCUGACUUCAUUCGCUGGUUAUCGCAAUUACACUUUCAGCAUUCUUGGUAAGCACGAAGCGUCGAAAUUCGAUUUGAGCGUUGAAGGAACAGCAGGAGCUCAGCCUGGUUUGUACGAGAUGAACAGCAACGGAAAAUACAGCCGCGAUUAUCUAUCGCUGCAAGAAGGGCUACUGAUGGCUAUGCUUAAUUUACGCUCGAAGGAAAUACUCUACGAGAAGAGUUCCCCGUUGGAAACGUUUAAACUGUGGGCCAAAGGAGACGGGCAAUAUCCGUACCUGACGAUUAAUGGAUCGCUCGAAAACACUCCCGACGAAAUCGAUUCGGAAGGAACAUUCUAUGUGAACAUCGAAGAAAAACUUGUGAAAUUGGCAGUGAACAUUACCCGAGACGCGAGUCAAAAUUUGCUAAUGCUCGGCUCGAUACCGGAUGCCAGAAGUGCAUCGUUCGAUUUAUGGAGAGAUUACGAAGACAUCCGUGUGGUAGAUAUUGCGUAUUACAUCCGAAUGAAUCAUUCACGCUUGAUCAGCAGUCAAUUGAUAUGGAGACCAAAAAUGAAAGCUGAAGUGGGCGCUAAGCUUCAGAACAUCACGACAUCGAUCUACGAAAAAAUGUCCAAAAAUAUCGACUAUUGGGUAAAGACACUGUACACUGAAUCGAAGGACACUAUAAAGGGAGUCUGGGACAUGGCUCAGCCACAUACACAAGUCUUUCUGGACGACGUUGGAGGACUACGUGUACUUCAAGAAGACAUCGAAGAGUUCCGACUAUUCCUCAACCAAUCCUACGAGGCCAACGAUUUCUACGUAAAAACUCUGGUUAACAUAACAAUGACCAUUCUUGACGAACUAGCCAUUCGUGACCACAUCGACUCGGUGCCGAAAAUUAUUAGUGAAAUGUGGCAGGUGCUCGGCAAUUCUGGCAAAGCCCUGAACAAAAGCUUCGAAUGGUUGGUUGAGUCCAUUAAAACGUCCUACAAAAAAGCAGUUGAAUUGUUGUCGGGUCUAUUCAACGGUGAGGCUAUGGUACAUUUGUCCGCUUUGAUGGAAAAAGGUGUGCAGAACUAUGACAAAUUCGUGAAGGAUUUACACCUGACGUUCAUCAAAUAUGUCGAAAAUAUCUGGACAAAGAUAACUCAGUCGAUUGUGGCUUAUUGGAAGGGAAUUCUACAUAAGCUGGAACCGUCCAUAAUGCGACUAUUGCAUUACAUAGAGACGGUUGCCUGGAAUAUCAGCAAGGAAGUUUUUGAUUUCCUUUAUCAGCGCACCAACGAACUAACUGGAACGCCAUACUUCCAUAAAGUCUCCAAUUUCACUCAAGACAUCGACCGAUUGUACCGCGAUCUUGUUUCCAACGAUGCCCUAACCAACAUUCGCAAAUACUCGGUACUGGCUUGGCAAUUCUUCAAAGAAAAGUAUUUCCGAUUGGUACCAUUCGGCCGAGAACUGAACGACGUCGUGACCGAACUGAUUGCCGAACUGAAGAAGCUACAAAAUCUCGAGGCCAUUCGUUUCGUUCAAAAUAAGAUCAAAGAAAUACAAGAGAAACUCGACUGGUUUGCUAAGGAAUUCCAAGUGGAAAAGAGGACGAAACAACUGUGGAUGAUGAUCAUCAAUAAGAUCAAUCACUACCAAGAAACGGCGCUACAGGUUGAGGACAAGUACCGUGAAGCGAAGACUAAAUUCAUUUUCAAUCCGGACAUUGGUUUGAUGAGUUUGGAACAGAAAUUGCCGAUGUCGUGGCAUGCGUUCAACGAGACGCCAAAGUUCGAAGAGAUCAGAGAACUGAAGAUGCUGUACGACGUGCAAGAAUUUUUCGGCGAACAGAACUUUUCGGCAUACAACAUCUACGCUAUGCUGGACUAUAAGUCCGUUUUGAAUACAAAGUCGCUAUUGCCACCGUUCAAAUCACAUUCCCUACUUAUUGGAUCCAGACACUACAUGACGUUCGAUAACAAUUUCGUUUCAAUGAUGAACAACCGACAUUACAUCAUUGAGCCCAACUUCAAGCAGAACGAUUGUUCGUACCUACUCGCCCACGACUUUGUCGAUGGAAAUUUCACAAUUAUUCUGGAACCAUCCAUAACAAACAACAAAAAUGAACUCGUCGCUACGCGGAAGCUGACCAUCAUAACCGAGGGACAGAUACUUGAAAUUGAUAUCUUUGAAUCGGCAAUUCGCAUUGGUCGCAAUCUUACCUCAACUCUACCAGUUCAAAUAGGAGACUCUGUGAUCUACCGUGUAGCCGAAGCCGUUGUUGUCAAAUCGGCCAAGGGAUUCCAUCUCAACUGCAACAUGAAAUUCGACAUUUGUUUGCUCGAGUUAGAUGGUUGGUAUUUCGGUAAAACGGCUGGUCUGCUGGGCAACAUGAACAACGAAGUGUAUGACGACACUACGUUAAUCAGCACAUCAAAAUUGGAGACGCAAUGGGCGUUGAAUGCUUGCCAAGAGAACGAACACAUUAGCAAUGCAAACGCAUCGCUGGUCGUUCUGAACACAUGCGACGCUUUUUUCAAGAGUAAAAUCUCCGAUUUCGUUAAAUGUUUUGCGAUUGUUGAUCCGACACCGUACUACUCGAUGUGUUUGGACCUGGGUGCCGAUUCAUUUUUGAAUGCCAUCAAUGAUGUUGAUGUUAUAAAUAAGGGCGUUUGUACGGCCGCCUUAGCGUACAUGGAGUCGUGUGCUGCACAAAAUGUUGCAUUGAGAGUGCCAGUCACAUGCAUUCAUUGCAAUUUAAUCAACGGAUCGUACGUGCCGGAAGGAACGUUCGUCAAUUUCAGUGAGCAGGAUGCACCGUCCACAGCAGACAUCGUAUUUAUCGUUGAGGCUAAGCCAUGUAACAAGGACAUUGUCAAGACGAAAAGCAUGAGUUCGGUCGUUGUGGCACUGGAAAAGGAACUGAAUGACAUGAAAAUUAAGGACAAUCGAUACGCUGUCAUUGCCUAUGGAGGUCUGCCACCGUUUGAUUCACCUAGAGCCAUUGUGUACAACAACAAAAUAUUCUCGAACAGCAGUCAGACAAAAUACUACUUCGAUCACAUCAAGACCGGCAACAGUAACGAGAGCGAUACAUUCGAAGCUAUUUCGGUGGCACGAGAUUUGAUCUUCAGAGCAGGCGCAUCAAAGACUUUUAUUCUACUUCCGUGUAACCGUUGCAAUGCUUCGAAUAUGAAGUUUGACUACUCGACAAUCCUGCAAGUCUUGCUGGAAGACAACAUCCCUCUGCACAUUUUAAUGGAUCAGGACUUUUCGCCGAGCAACAAACGAAUUGAACGAAAUCUGUUCGGAUACGAUCGAGGCACUGCUUACACGCAAAAAUUCCUGAAAGAGCAAAAACCCGAACCGGAACUAUUGAAGCAAGUCAAACUACCGAAAGAUGUACUGGGCGAAUGUAUGCCACUGGCAAUCCAGUCAAACGGAUCAAUUUUCACGGCUAGGAAACUGAAACCACUGAGCAAGGCCGGCAUUGCGAAGAAAUUCUCGUUGGUAUUCGGUAGACGAGUGGCAAAAACAGCUGUUCCAAGCACUUGCCAAACGUGCGAAUGUUCGGGACAUGACACUGGUAUGGCGUACAUGAGCUGCACAAGCUGUAAUAAUCCGAAUCCGUUGGCGUUGGACGACGGAUUCAACGAAGACGAUUAUUUGCCGUUUAUGCAAGAGGGAACUGACUUCGAUUGGGAUGAGUCGUUUGAAGAGGAGUCUGAUUAAGGUUCUAACGAUCGACGACGACGACGUUGUGGACGACCGUCGUAUGUGGAGGAGGAGUAGUUUUUAAUUUAUUUUUUACUUUGUACGCAAGUAGUGGAAACGAAAUAAAUUUUUAGAGAAAUUGGUAA